CUGCAGCGGGGGAAGCAAGGCAGAUCACGGCAGGCCGCCAGUGCUGCGCUGCUGGAGAAGAGCUCAGCAAUGGCCGAGAGCUCAGCUGCAGCAGCGGCAGGGACAGCGGCACGAACCAUGCUAGACGAGCUCCUGGAGAUCACGGCUCAGAGCCUGGUGCGCACCGAGGUGGCCGAACACUAUGAGGUUAUUCGGGAACUGGGCAGGGGCAAGUAUGGUCACGUGAUGCUAGUGACACACAGGCAGAGAGGGACUCCUAUGGCUCUCAAGCUCCUACCCAAAGCCAGUACCAAGCUGCACACCUUCCUGUAUGAGUAUUGCGUGGCACUCUCCCUUGCCACCCACCCUGCCAUCAUCAGUAUGUUUGGAAUUGCCAUUGAGUCCAGCCAGUACUAUGGCUUCCUCUAUGAACCAGCACUGCACAAAGACCUCAUCUCUAUCAUCAAACCCCGGGAUGGGAUCCCUGAGCCAGCCGCUAAGCACUGUGCCAAGCAGCUCGUGAGCGCGCUGGAAUUCAUCCACAGCCGGGGGCUUGUGUACCGAGAUGUCAAGCCUGAGAAUGUGCUGCUUUUCGAUCCUGAGUGUCGGCGCAUCAAACUGACUGACUUUGGGCUUACACGGCCCAAGGGUACCAAGCUUAAGCUGGUGGCUGGGGUAAUCCCCUACACCGCCCCUGAGCUGAGCAACACCACUGAUGCCCAAGGGGUACCCAUCGAUGCCAGCAUGGACGCCUGGGCCUUUGGUGUGCUGCUUUUCUGCCUGCUGACUGGGUACUUCCCCUGGGAGCAAAGCUUGCCAGAUGACCCUUUCUUUGAGGACUUCAUGCUGUGGCAGGAGACAGGCCUAGAAGAGAACGUGCCCCGCCACUGGAAACGCCUGACAACCGAGGCUGCCCUGAUGCUACGGAGCCUGCUGGCCUUAGAUCCCGCCAAGCGGAGCCCUGUCAGUGGUGCACUGCGCUACGUCGAUUGCCCUUGGCGUCUGGAGGAUGGGUGCAGCGAGAAUACUGUGGUGAAGCCAUAA